AUGGGGAAGUCGGAGGGUAUUCGCGUGUUCCUCCGCAUCCGUCCGGCCGCGAAGGGUCUUCCGCGUCCCCUUAACGGUGUUGGUUCUGUACGGGGUGCUGAUGACACGCAAAACUACUCCGUGGAGCAUACCUUUGAACACUCCACCGUCCGCUUCCACGUGGACCGGCGGACAGACGCAGAUGUGGUAAACAACACUCGAGAGGAUUUUACCUUCACAUUCCGCCGCGCCUUUGAGCCCAAUGCUACGCAGGCGGAUGUGUUCAACACCGUGGCAAAAGACUGCGUGUUAGCCGCACUCGAUGGCUACAACAGCACCGUUUUUGCCUACGGUCAAACGGGUAGUGGCAAAACGCAUAGCAUUACGGGUGGCGCGGAGAGUUACGAGGACCGAGGUAUCAUCCCGCGUGCGCUGGCCCUGUUAUAUGAGGAAAUUGCGCGGCGGCAGCAACAGGAGGGGACGUACAGCGUAGCCAUCUCUUACCUGCAGAUAUACAAUGAUAAGGGACAAGACCUCCUCAAUCGCGGCCACGACGCGCGAAAGUUGGAGGACCUCCCUGUGGUGACUAUUCACGAUGGCGGAAGUGAUAGCGAUGAGGUGGCACUCCGUGGUUUAGCGCAGCACUCCGCCGCAACCCCAAAAGACGCGCUGAACCUGUUGUUCCUCGGCGAUACAAAUCGGCUUUACUGUGAGACGCCCAUGAACAAAACGUCGUCCCGCUCGCACUGCGUUUUUACCAUCUACCUGGAAGCAAGACCACAUGGAGCGUCGGUAGUGCGCCGCUCCAAGCUUCACUUCGUAGAUUUGGCCGGUAGUGAACGGGUGGCGAAAACGGGCGUUAGCGGGACAGUGCUCACAGAAGCCAAAUAUAUUAACCUUUCGUUGCACUACCUCGAGCAGGUCAUUAUGGCGCUUAGUGAGCAGGCCAAUGGUCGACGUGAGCACGUUCCCUUCCGUAACUCCUUCAUGACGAUGGUGUUACGGGAUUCAUUAGGACCAAACUGCAAAACUAGUAUGUUGGCCACCGCCCAUCCUGCUGUGGAUCAACUACCCGAGACGAUUAGCACAUGCCGUUUUGCACAGCGCGUGGCUCUCAUCAAGCAAGAUGCGCAUGUCAAUGAAGAAGUGGACCCACACGUCUUGGUGCGCAAACUGAAGGCGGAACUGCAGCAGAUGCGUGACCGGUUAGCCUUCUAUACCAAAGACGGUGGGGGCGCACCUGACCGUGACCUGAGUGAUGAUGAAAAGCUGCGAUGUGAAGAAAUGGUGAAACGGUUCAUCGCCGCCACAGAUGGGAAUGCAAAACUUGAGGGAUUCGACGGCGAUUUGGCCCGCAUUUAUUAUUGUUUUGAUGUGUUGAAACGCAUGUUGGCGGAAGGGGGUGCAGGUGUCAGGGUUGGCGGCUGUGGCGCAGGUAGCAGUGGAGGACUCAGUGAACAGCAACAACAACAGCUUGAUAUGUACCGUUCCCGUGUGGACGCUCUUGAACUUUGUGUGAAGCAGAAGGAAAAUGAAAUGAACAUGCUCUUCGACGCGCUGCAGAAGGUGCACAGGGCAAAGUAUAAUGCUGAAACCCAGACGGGAGCAGACGAUGGUGAAAGUAGUAACUACGCAAGUCGCACUAAGACUGCACCCGGAACCGGAGGAUCAGUAGAGGGGGGCCAUGCAGCACCGUUUCAGAAGCCCCUGGGCCACCCAUCAAAUGGAGCUCACAUGUACGCUAGCGCCGCUGCUGCUCAGCAGCCCCACGGUAUGAACGUGGUUGAGGCGGGUCACUCAAGCAACGCCGGCAGCAUCAGAUAUGACGGUCAGGACUCACCACAGGCGCUUCGUCGCAUGGCCUGUGAGCGCCUCGCACCAGCCGAAGUCACAGCGGUGGAUGAGUUCUUCGAGAAACAACAACAGCUUAACGAGGUAUAUGAUCUUUCUUCCCUUACGGACGCGGAGUUGCUUCAGGACCGCGCCACUGCUUUCGAAGCAUUCAGUCGCUCCUAUCGCCAGUGUGCACAAAUGGAGUCCAACAAGCAGGAACUUAAGGCUCGCUACGAGACGUGUAAGACUACAGCACGACAGUUGAAUGAAGUAGUCGACCAGAUCCGGAAACUGAAGGGCUGCAUCCAGCGGCUGCGUGCGGAAAGAGUUUUGCAGGGAGUGGAGGAAGUGGACGAGGCGGAGCGUAACGCGUUGGAGGAAUUGGCAGCACAUAAAACGUCAUAUAAUGAUCUUGCAGCCUCAUUGCGGCAGCAGAAAGAGUCUAUUGAUGCCAUGCAUCUCUUCAUGAAGCGCGCUCAAGAGCAACUGACAAAAGACUUUGAGGAUUGGCUUCAAAUUAGGCAGAAGCAGCUUAUCAUGGCCGUCAAAGCAGGGGGCUAUAAGAAUGCUGACAGCAGUGGUAGCAGUAACGGUGUUAGCAUUGCUAGCAAUACCACAACAAUGAGCAACAACAUUGCCACCCCACAGGUUAAUCCCACUACAACGGCGGCGGUGACGACAGCAACAAUACCGCCCCCGACAGAAAAAGCACCACCAACGGCUGCGGCAGCGUCGCCAGGGCGGCCAACAUGUUUUAAGCCUCGUCUCAACUUCUUACAGGAGCAAAUGCAGUCGAAACAGCAACUAGGUGAACAGAAACCAGCUUCGGCGUCGAUGCCGGACUUACCACCGUUGCGGGAGGGACUGUCUUCGAGACGAUCGUGGGGUUGUGAUGGCGGCAUGCAGUUACGUGGCGGUCUUCUUCACACCGGUGGCUUGGGAAGUGCGCCCACCCACACGAGGGCUUCUAGUGACACGGAGUGCGGCCGGUUGCACCACUCCGUCCCUGCCACACUGUCGCAGCAGAGCACACCAAAUAACAGGUUGGGUCAACCAUCCACCAUGGUCCCUCUCGGCGGGUCGGCACUCCGGAAUGGCUGGACUGGUGGUUCAAGCAGCGGUGCCAUUAACGACAAUAAUGGGAACGGCUACGGAGUUACCUCUGGAAUUAGCGCGGGAGGGGCGGGGCUUGAUGCACCGAAUCCAUAUGCACCUGAGUAUCGAUCGACAGGUGAUCCAGCUGCUGACAAGCAGUUGGCGGAGCUGUACAAGGCUCGCGAUGCUCUCAGAUUACAGCUGGACCCCCCUCAAUAG